CAACUCACAACAGAAAUAGAAGUUCCCCUUAUAUAUUCAGAAAAGUCUAGCUAGGUCUCUCUAAUCCUAUCAAACAAUGGCUAGUUGCAAGCAUGUUUUCAUUUUGGCUUUAAUUGUAACACUGUCUUUGUCAAGCAUAAAUAUGAGCUUCGCAGCUCGUCAACUAUUGCAAACGCCUGCAGCUCCACCCCCAGCGUUGACGCUGCCUACAGUUCCAUCUCUGCCAACAUUGCCUCCAUUGCCCUCAGUGCCAACACUGCCUCAAGCUACAUCGCCACCACUGCCUAGCACUCCAUUGCCAACUUUGCCAACUCAACCAACUCUGCCAAGGACCACAUUGCCACCAUUGCCAAGCACCCAAAUCCCCUCCUUACCAAAUCCAACUCUGCCAACAGUUCCCAAGGUGAUUGUUCCUCCUCUGCCAGCCACUCCGUUGCCCACCAUUUGCCACAACAAUCCCAUCAAUUCCUACCAUUCCAAACACGAUCCCAACUAUUCCUUUCUUCUCCCCGCCCCCAUCAAACUGAUCUAGUUGUCCUUGAAGCACUUCAUAUUUUGCAUAUUGUGCAUCUGUACAAUGUUUACUUGUUAUUGUAAAAAAUUAGACGAUGAUGUAUCUCAUCGUCUAAUUAAAUAUUUGGACAAACUCGAAGGUGGAAGCCUUGCAGUGAUGCAGAAGGCUGAAAGUCUUAUUUUGCAAAGCAAGGCUGCCAUUAUUGAUGCUGCGAAAAACGAGUUAUCCAGCGGAUUCAGGCCAAUCGGGCUUGUUUUGGGAGGUGUGGUCGGGAUUUAUUCUUACCUGAGUAGUCGACGAUUGGAAACAACGGUGGCUGAUCUGCAUGGGCUUGUGACACAGUUGUCGAACAGUGUGAUUGAUGAGCACUCUUCUCUUGGAGAAGAAAUAGCAAAGCUUACCGUGGAAGUUUCGAAGCUUUCUACGCUCAUCUCCAAGGAGCCACCUAAUCCAGAAGUGGAGAGGAAAAUGGAUGCAGUUUUGGCAGCGACUGAGAAACUAGUUUCCGAGUAUGUGAAGAAAAGUAAGCAGAAGAAGAAAUAUGGUGGCUUGCAGAAGACCAUGCGUGGUUUUGUCACCUGGUUAUUUGAUGUUGAUGACUAGGUGGCAACCAUAGCAGGAGUAAUUUAUGUGAAAUUGUGUGGCCUUUGUGCCUCCCUAGGUCUUUCUUAUAUGCUAUUUUAAAUUUUAAUCAGGAUGUUUUUCUUAUAUGUAAUUAAAUUUUGAUUAGGAAUUAAAUUUUUUUUUUUAUAUGUCAUUGAAUUUUGAUUGAAUGGGAAUUUUCAAAUGAAAAUUUUUGUGAAUGAUUACAUACA